AUGUACAAAAUCACACCAGACGGCGAAGGCGUCGAAGAGGUCCCCGUACCUGCGAGCGUAAGGGCAACCGGUACCAUUCCUGACGGCUACACAGUUGAAACUUGCCUUGGUGAUGCAAGCACUGGCAGUGGAGGACUCGGGCCCGACGGAGGAGAGGCGGGGAGAAGCGGAGAAUCACACAGGUGGGGCGAAACAGAAGCGGCCCAACAGGAGGAAGGGGAGAGAGCUGCAGAACUAGAUGAGCAGAUGGUCAGAGAGGACAGACGCUUUGUAAUGGCCAUUCAAGAAACGACGGCCCACAGUAAAAAGGACUUUUCAGCACUAAGCUGCAUUAACACUGUUAUUACCUUGAAAGCCGUCCGCUUCGGAGAAUUCAAAGAGUUCGCGAGGACAAAAGUCACCCACUCGGUGGCAAAAAUGGAAAAUGAUUGUCCAACGCACCAGCUGUCUUCCAUCAAGGCUUGGGGAAUGAUGUGGAAGAUAUAUGAGCAUCCUUUGAGGAAGGUUGAACAACUAUACUCUAUAUAUACGGUCAUUGUCUCGCUCUUUGUGAUUUUUGGUCCCGCCGAUUUCGGUUUGAAAUUCCCCAUGGCUAAUGAUACUAGUGACGCUGCCCAAUUACUUGUGAAUAAGAUCUUCAACGCUGAAGACGCCGAGAUUGCAUUCCGUUCCUCAGACAACGCAAUUUUCAAGAUCCACCGUAAAAAUCUGGAAGUUAACUCUGUCGGACUCUCCCCCGCUGACCUGACCACGUCCGUCUCUGAACUGGUUCCGCUUUCAGAAGACGCACCCACCCUUGAGCUCCUGUUUCAAUACAUCUACCCACGCCGACAGCCUUUACUUGAUGAUAUUGAAUUCGCGCUCCUUGCCUCUCUUGCGGAGGCUGCAGAGAAAUAUGAGGUGUUCGCGGCGAUGACCGUUUGCUAUAUUCGGAUGAGCGCGGCGAAACGCGAGCACCCAGAAGAGAUUAUGCGGUAUGCAGCCAGGCAUGACUACAAGCUGCUGCUGUGCGACGUAGCCCCUUUGGUGAUCCGGAUGCCCCUUCUUGAUGUCCUGUCUUUUUUACCACAACAUUUAAUGGUGCCUUGGAUUAGUUACUACGAAGAAUGGCGCAAAGUACAUGCAGCGGCAUUCCCGAAAGCAGUUUCGCAUAAAAGUGAAAUCAAGCUGACAAGAAAAUCGGGGCACAGCGUCUGGUCGGAUCAAUGCACUGACUGGCCCCACAUUUGGCAGGAAAUCACCACACAGCUUGGAUCAGGUGUUCACACUCUUGCAAACAUCGAUUCCGUACUAAAAACGCCAAAACGUGUUGAUAAUCCGUUCAGCGGGAGUACUUCGCCAAAAGAUUGUUGCAUUGAUGCCGUCGAUCAAUGGCGCACAAGUAUCAAAGGAGAUCUGAGGAAAAUUCGGAGUCCUGUCAAUCGGUCGUUCCGUGACCUCGGUUUUUUUGAGUUUCUGGGACCUUUUCCCGCCAAUUUCGGUUUGAAACUCCCCAUGUCUGAUGAUAGUGACGCUGCUCAAGCCUUAACUAUGAAUAAGAUCUUCAAUGCUGAAGAUGCCGAGAUUGCAUUCCGUUCCUCUGACAAUGUCGUUUUCAAGAUUCACCGUAAAAAUCUAGAAGUUAACACUGCCGGACUCUCCCCUGCUGAUUUGGCCACGUCCGUCUCUGAAGUGGUUCCGCUCUCGGAAGACUCACCCACUCUUGAACUCCUGUUUCAGUACAUCUACCCACGCCGACAGCCUCUGCUUGAUGAUAUUGAGUUCGCGCUCCUUGCCUCUCUUGCGGAGGCUGCAGAGAAAUAUGAGGUAUUCGCGGCAAUGACCGUUUGCUAUCUCCGCAUGAGCAUGGCGCAACACAAGCACCCAGCAGAAAUUAUGCGGUAUGCAGCCAGGCAUGACUACAUCCCGCUGCUGUGCGACGUAGCCCCUUCGGUAAUUCGGAUACCUCUUCUUGAUGUCCUGUCAUUAUUACCACAACAUUUAAUCAUGCCUUGGCUUGAAUACUACGAAGAGUGGCGCAAAGCACAUGCAGCAGCAUUCUCGAAAGCACUUUCGCAUGACAGUCCCGAAAUCGUGCGGAAAAGCAAUUCGGGGAAAACCGUCUAUAGGGAUCCAUGCACUGACUGGCCCCGCCUUUGGCAGGAAAUCGCCACACAGCUUGGACCAGGUGUUCACACUCUUGCAAACAUCGAUUCCAUACUAAAAACGCCAAAACGUGUUGAUAGUCUGUAUGGGACUAGUUCACCACAAAAUUGUUGCAUCGAUGCCAUCGAUGAAUGGUGUACAAGUAUCAAAGGAGAUCUGGGGAAAAUCCCGAGACCUUCCAAGUUUUUCAAUUGA